AUGAGUAAUGUUCAAUGCGCCCAAUGUAACAAUAAACCAGCUUGUAAUGCAGAUACAUUUUUUGCAAGUCAUUUGUUUUGUUGGGAAAAAGAAUUAAACAAAUGGACAGCAACGAAAGGAAAAAGAGUUUGUAAGAAAGGAUUAUGCUUUGUUGGGAUUAAUAAAGGAGAAAAGGGUAUAGUACAAGGUUGUGGCAAAUGUUCUGGACAAAAUAAUCUGGAUAAAUGUUUUAAUUGCUCAAUUCCUCUCUGUAAUGAUGAAACAAAACUUUCUCAAAUUAAGUGUUACCAACUUGCUACUAAUCAACGGCCAAAUGAGAGAAAAGCUAAGACAUGCCAUCCCUCUUAUGACAGUUGUUACAUUGCUAGGGACAUCUUCUGGAGGACUGAGCAAAACUGUGGAGAAUGCCCUGUCAAAUUCAAAGAUUGUAUAACGUGUAACCACACUGAUUUGUGUAAUGAGGACUCUUUACUUCCCCUAUCAGAAACAACGGCUGAAACGAAAACAAUUAGUCUGGUACCUUCCACAAUCACCUCAGCAUCGACUACAAAGGAACCUACUAAUUUUAUUAAAGGCACAACAAAUCGUUUUUCUUCAAAAUCAGCUGCACAAAUAAAUAAGAACGAAAAUAAUAUGUUAGCUUUGACUCUACUAACUUUGAUUAUUUACUAUAUUUUUUGA